AUGGCGAAGGUCCACCCCUUACCCCCCCCCAUGGCCGCGGCGCCUGCGCCGCGGCUGCACUCAGUGCUGAAAGCCCCACACGAGCUGUCCAUGUUCAGCAUCACCAAAGUUGCAAAAAAGGUGGAGCAGGGGGUGGCGUUCAAGGUGCGGAAAACGUUCUUCUCGCCCGCGACGCAGAGCGCGUCGCUGUAUAUAUUCCAAGAAGAGGGAUGGACGAGGAAGACGUGCAUUAGGAUUGUGGAGCACCCGUGGUUCGAGCGCUGCGUGCUGCUGAUGAUUGUGGGGAGCUGCCUCACGCUGGCUAUGUACGACCCAAAGCAGCCCGCGGACUCGGACUACAAUACAGCGCUCAACAUUGCGGAUAUGGUUUUCAGCAUCCUCUUUGCAAUAGAAAUGAUACUCCGGACAAUCAGCCAGUGCUUCAUCUUUGCGCCAGAUGCGUAUCUGGCUUCCGGCUGGCGACGCUUGGAUUUUCUCAUUGUGACGGUUUCGUUCAUCUCCUUUAUCCCCGGGGCAAACAAGGCUGGCACGGUGCGCGUUGUUCGAGUGCUCCGGCCCCUGAAAGCAAUCAGCAACCUCAGCGGGGCGCGCAUGAUGGUGACGACAUUGAUCGAGUCGCUGCCGUUGAUGAUGGACGUGGGUAUUCUUAUCCUGUGGCUGGUGCUCGUCUUCAGCAUCAUCGGCAUGCAGCAGUGGCUCGGCAAAAUGAGCUCCAGGUGCUUCGAUGCGAGCCACAACCUAAAUCCUGAUCUGGUUGACACCCCGUGCGUGGCACCCGAACAUCAAGGUGGCCACUGUCCCGUGGAUCAGAUGUGCCUGGACACGGGCCAGGACCCGGACGGCGGCUACACGUCAUUCAACAACUUGGCAUAUGCCGCGCUGGCGGUGUUCCAGGUGCUGACCAUGGUGAACUGGACGAACCUGCUGUACCAGCUGCAGGCGUCCGGCCCCGGCUGGGUGGCCAUCGUGUGGUGCUUCCUGCUCAUCGCCAUCGGCGCGCUCUUCUCGCUCAACCUCCUCGUCGCCGUCAUCGGGUCCAAGUUCUCGCAAGAAAACAUGCUGGAGAAGCGGCGCAACUACAAGUCCGGAUCGCCCCAAGACGCGCUGGGGCGCAGCACGUCGUUCCAGUUUCUGCGCAGGAAGCUGGGCAAGCGCAUGUACCGGAUCACCAGGAAAUUGACGGCGCCGCUCUGGUGGGACAUUCCGUUCAGCGCCCACCUGCGGCGUAUCGUGGCCAGCCCGCGCUUCGACAACGCCGUCAUGGCCGUCAUCUGCCUGCAGACCCUCCUGCUCUCGCUCGACUACUACGGCAUGAGCGAGACGGAGCGGCUGGUGAUCCAGGACAUCAGCUACGUCACGAGCGGCAUCUUCAUCCUGGAAAUGGUGCUCAAGAUCUGGGGCCUCACCGUGGGCGGCUACUUCGGCAGCGGCCAGAAUGUGUUCGACGCCAUCAUUGUCAUGCUCACCGUCAUCGAGCUCUUCCUCUCCUCCUCCAAGCUCAAGGCGCUGCAAGCGUUCCGGCUGCUGCGUAUUCUGCGGACGGUCCGCAUCUUCCGCGCGUACAAGAACUUCCGGCGGCUUAUGGACUCCAUCCUGCACGGCCUGGUCAGCCUGCGCGAGUUCCUGCUGCUGCUCGGCAUCUGCAUCUUCAUCUUCGCAGUGCUCGGCAUGCAGCUGUUUGGCGGCAACGUGGCAUUCUCCGGGGAGCGCCAGAACUUCGACACGAUGUGGAUGAGCGUGCUCAUCAUGUUCCAGGGCCUGACCGCCACCACGUACACCCAGACCAUGUGGCACGCUAUGCACGCCGUCGGCUGGCCCGCGGCCGCCUACUUCGUCGCCUGGAUGGUCGUUGGCAACAUCGGACUUCUCAACCUGCUGCUGGCUAUCAUGAUUGACCACUUCAACAGCGACCCCACCGAGUCCGACGGCGAGCGGAGCAUGAAGCGGAUGACGGACGCAGGGGACGGGGGCGGCAUCUUCGGCAUGAUCGCCAAGCGGCGGCAGCGCAUUUUCGCGCACGAGGCGGAGCGCACGGCGGCGUGGCUGCGCGCGGUGGGCGAGGAGUACGUGCCCAAGAAGAAGCUGUCGUUCAUCGGCCGCUUCAGCUCCACGGUGACCAAGCUGCGCGGCGUCAGCUCGUUCAUGCGCAAGAAGAAGUCCGUCACCUCCAGCAACAACAGCUCCAUCACCUCGUCGGCCGCGCCGAGCGUGCACACCAGUGUCAGCAGCCGAACCCAGCGCUCGGUCACGGGCCGCACCCAGGUCGCGCGCUCGCGUCAGUCCGUGACGGGGCGCAACUUCCUGUACGCGGCCGCGAACGCGGCGGAGGCGAAGGUGGAGGCGAAGAAGAAGGAGCGAGAGGAGGCGGAGCAGGAGGUGUCGCCGUGGAAGGCGGUCGCCGCGAAGAUGGGCGUCGAGAAGGUGAACAAGGCCAAGCCCAAGUCCAUGGUGGCCAUCCUCGCGGCGAUGCAGCCCAGCAAGACGGGCGGCGAUUCGCCCACGCGCGCGUGGUCGGUGGGGAAGGAUCUCUCCGUCAGCCGCCGCUCGGCGUCAGUCGUCGGGCGGACCAUGCUCUCUGGGGCGACGCUAUCGCCGGCCUCCCCCGGGGCAAAGCAGCGGCGGGCAUCCAGCAUGCUGCGCCUGCAGGUGGACGCCCCGCCGGGCCCGGCAAGCGGCCCGGCGAGCCCCCCCGACCUUUCAAGCCCCAAGAGCAGGUUCCACGCGCGGCGCGCGCACUCUGUCGCGGACAUGUCGGCGCUGCGGGACCGCCUCGUGGCGCAGGCAGCCGCUGACAGGCCAAACGACACCUCACAUCCGACCGUAUCGUCUCACCGUGCGAUCGACAACGAUGGGGAAUCCCCUUGGAUCGGCAAGCCGCUGUCUUUGGGCAAUUCUCCAGAGCCGGAGGCAGAAGGCGCGAGCGAGCGCGAGCCGCUUCUGCCGCAUCUUACGGAAUUCAAGAUGCGGAAGGCGGGCGCGGAGGACGGGUUACAGGGUUUGGUAACGGAGCCCGCGCAGGCGGCCGCGCCCUCCGCGAUGCGCGGCGGCAUGUGGCGCACGAGGUCAAUGCGGAAACGAGAGACGCGGGGCAGCGCGGAGGAAGAUAUCGACGAAGAGGAGUGGCGGAACCUUCCGGGUGCUUGCAUGCCGUCCAAGCGGCAGCUGGCGCCGCUGCUGUCGUGGGAGGUCCUGCCGCCACCUGUCCCGGGCGACCUCGUGCUGCCGUACGAUCUGCCGGACGAGGUCGAGGAUGAGCUGGUGGUGUCCAAGGCCGAGCUGCGGCGGCGCGCGGGCAUCCCCAAAUCGUGCGGCACGCUCAUCUCCACCGCGCUGCCGAACGUCGGGCGGCAGCGCCUCGCGGGCAAGCCGGCCGCGUCGAUGACGACCCAGGGUACGCGCGCGCCAACGCGCACGAAAAAGAAGGGCGACCUGAAGGUGGCGGCCAAGGCGAUUGGGAGGGCGCUGCAGGGGCUGCUGGCGAACCCUAUGGAGUCGGCCGGCUGCAUGCGCUACAGGUCUCUCGGGUUCCUUCCGCCGACGAGCCCGUUCCGGCGCGCGCUGUUCCUGCUGGUGAGCAGCAAGGAGUACGAGUGGCUCAGCCUGAUCAUGGUGAUCGCCAGCUGCCUCUCGCUGGCUCUGGACUCGCCGGAGCUCUCCGACACGUCACCGCUCAAGCACGCGCUCUGGUUCUCCGACAUCAUCUUCGCCACCUUCUUCUCCGCCGAGUGCCUCGUCAAGAUCUUGAUCAUGGGCCUCUACGCGCACGAGGGCGCGUUUUUGCACAGCUCGUGGAACAAGCUGGACGUGCUGGUUACGGUCUGCAGUAUCGCCGCCUGCUUCGUCAGCCCCACCCACCAGGGCGACCAAGUCAAGUCGCUCCGCUCCUUCCGCCUCCUGCGCGCGCUGCGCCCGCUGCGCAUGGUCAGCAAGCUUAAGAACUUGCGCAUGGUGAUCCUGACGCUGAGCCGCGCUCUGCCGUCUUGCAUCAACGUGAUUGCGCUGGGACUGUUCUUCUUCAUCAUCUACGGCGUGCUGGGAGUGCAGCUCUUCGCGGGCACCUUCUACAGAUGCAACGAUAACUCCGUGCGCUCGGUCGAGGAGUGCGUGGGCACCUUCACGGACCCCUCCACCGGGCUGCUGGCGGAUCGCGUAUGGUCCAACGCGCACAUAAACUUUGACAACCUGUGGUACGCAAUCGUGGCCAUCUUCGUAGUAGUAACGCUCGACGACUGGCCAUCGCUCAUGUUCCAAGCCAUGGACGCGACGGGCGUCGGGAAGCAGCCGCGGCUGAACAACCAGAUCUGGGCGUCCAUCUACUUCAUAUUUUUGCUGCUCAUGGGGGCGGUGUUUUGGGCGAAUCUGCUGGCGGGCGUCGUGACGGACUGCUACUCCAAGCUGCCGCCCGAGGACAAGGACAUGCUGUUCAUCACGGAGAGCCAGAAGCGCUGGGCGCAGGCCAUCAAGAUGAAGCGCUACGAGAACCAGGUGUCAAUGCACAAGUCCGCGCCGCCGCAGGCGAACGUGGUACGGCGGGUCGCGUGGGCGAUCGUGACGAGCAAGACGUUCGACUACGCGGUGCUGACGCUGAUCAUGCUCAACAUUCUGCUGCUCGCGGUUCAGCACAAGGACGAGGACUACGUGUGGCUGGAGAUCACCCGCAUCGGCAACUAUAUCUUCACCUACUCCUUCUGCGCGGAGCUGCUGCUCAAGCUGACCGCGCUCGGCCCGCGCAAGUACUGGGCGGACGGCUGGAACCGCUUCGAUCUAGUCGUUGUCGCGGGGUCCGUCCUGGACCUCAACGUCAAAACCCUCAACAUCGGCGCGCGCGUGUUUCGCCUGGGCCGUCUGUUCAAGAUCAUCAAGGCGAGCCGCGGGCUGCGCACUCUGGUGAACGCGUUUGUGGGUGCGCUUCCGGCCAUGUUCAACGUGGGCCUGCUGUUCUUCAUCAUGAUCUUCAUCGCCGCCAUUUUGGGGAUGGACCUCUUCGGAACGCUCCCCGACGGCGAGGGCAUCUUCGACCACAACAACUACCGCAACGUUGGCAACUCGCUCCUCGCCUGCCUCAAGCUCUUCACCGGCGAUAACUGGACGCCCAUCUACUUCCAGACUACGUGCUCGGGCAACGGCGCGGAGUGUUUGGUUCACAUCCUGGUGCCGGUGUACGUGCUGCUCUACACGGUCAUCAUGCGUUUCAUGCUGCUCAACCUAGUUCUCUCCGUCAUCCUGGAUCGCUUCACCGACUCCGCCACCUACGAGGGCCUGCUCUCCACCGACAACUUCUUCGACGCGUUGCAGCGCAAGAUGCUGCUUGACGGCUUCGUCCGCAAGCUCAAGAUGAAGAUCCGCGGCAGCCCCAACGGGCGCACGCUCGCGCGCUCCGCCAGCGCGCGCAGCCUUCUCGAAGGGCCCUCCCAGAACCCCGUCCCCGCGGGGCUGGUCGCGUUUGCAUUGAGCAAAGCCAAACAGCGCGAGCAGCAGCGCGCGACGAGCGGCCGCGAGGUCAACCGCGGGAGCGACGAAGAUAGCAUGCCGUCAAGAUGA